UGUCGUAAAACAACUAUCGUAAAACAGCUGUCGUAAAAACAACUGUCGUAAAAACAACGGUCGUAAAAACACGUCCUGUUCGUGUGAAUAUUUUUUUUUUUAUUCGAUGUCCUUUAAUUUUACGCCAAAAUACUACGUGAAGUAUCUAUUUUCAAGAUUGAAAUUGUGAUUUAUAAUUUUAAAUUAUGUUGAAUGUGUAACAUUAGGGGGGUUUGUAAUUUUAGGACAGCUAGCUACUUCCUUAUGUGAGCUGGUCAGGUGGUUAGUACCAGCGGAGUAAAUAUGGCAACGGUCAUGAUGUACAUUUUACAUCAAAUACUUUCACUGUAUUAACUACUGGGACUUUUAUAUAUACCAGUACAUGACGUUCCCACUGCCGAUAUUACCCGGUAACGGUGCACGAUUCCCGGACGAGCAAUGUGUCAUUGAUGGGGGGUCGGGAUACGGUCGUGUUCCGUUUUGCAUCGUCUGACGUCGGUACUGUACGGGGGACGGAGCCGGGGGACCGAGCCAGAUAGAUAGUCCCCGGUGUUAAGUGUUAUUGUUUAUAUUACAGCGGUGACAGACAGACAGACAGACAGACAGGUAUAACAGACAGACAGACUUUGGUCAGAUGUCAUGUUGAUGCGGGGACAGAGACAACCGUCAGUGUCAUGGACUGUUACUCCCAGCCAGUAGAGGGAUACAGACCGACAGACAGACAGACUGGCUAUCAGGCAGACAGACAGACAGACAGACAGCUAGCCUAGUGGAUGGACUUCCUCUGAUGUCAUAGCUGACCCCCCUGGCCCGCCCGGUCCAGAGAAAAAUGAUUGGUGCCCCAGAUGUGGUGGCGUUUACUAAAGAGGAUGAUUUUGGGGAGGUAGGGUACCCCGACCCCCGGGUGGUACCAGAGGAAUUCUCUGUCCCUCUGUUCCCAUCGAACAACAACGCCAACCCCUGGACCAAGACCUCGUACGCCAAGUUCACUAAGGACUUCAUCCUCAUAUCAGAGUUCUCCGAGCAGGUGGGCCCCCAGCCUCUGCUCACCAUACCUGAUGACCCAAAAGUGUUCGGGACCUUUGACCUGAACUACUUCAGUCUGAGGAUCAUGUCUGUUGACUACCAGGCCUCGUUCGUAGGGCACCCUACCGGCAGCGGAUACCCACGACUCAGUUUUGUGGAGGACUCCCGUGUGGUGCUGGGCGACUCUAAGGAAGGAGCGUUCGCCUACGUCCACCACCUGACUCUGUACGACCUGGAGGCCCGGGGUUUCGUCCGCCCGUUCUGCAUGGCGUACGUCUCCGCCGACGAGAGGAAGAUCAUGCAGCAGUUCCAGGAGCUGUCGCUCCGCUUCUCACGAGCCUCCGAGCUCCUGAAGACCGGAAACCGACGGGCCUUCGCCCGCGAGCUGCAGAGGAAGCUACGAGACCUGGAGUACACGCGGUCCGUUCUGCAGACACAGUACACGCGGUCCGUUCUGCAGACAGAGGAAGGGCUUCAGCGCGAGGCGGGGCCUCAGGGCUGUUACUCCGCCCACGCGGUGGACAAGGCCAAUGAGCUUGCAGCGAUGGAGAAGAGUAUCUUCGAGCACCGAGACCUGCUGAGACAGAUCACCUCGUACCUUCUCCGCCCCCGCCGAGACCCCCACGCAGCACACUGCCAACACUGCGUCACCGAGUCCCGCAAACACAGAGACUCCUCGCCUCCUGGUUCCGACCCCGGCGGCGAGGAGGAGGAGGAGGGAGAGAGGAGGAGGAGGAGACAGUCUUACACCCCUCAGCUGAUGAAAGGGAAACCGGCGAAAUGUUUCGCCAAACGUCUGAAGAACAUGACGGAGUUAUGCGAGGAGUGGUUCUACGAAGCCGCGGUGGAACUUCUCGCUCACACGGAGAGGUGUUUCCGGGGGGAUCUGUGUUACCUGUACACCCGCCGCUUGGACCGAGCUCUACGCAGGAAACAGAACGUCGUCAACUUCCUGUUCGAGGAGGAGCUCGGGGAGGAAGAAGAGGAGGUAGCGGCGCUGGGAAGAAUCUUCUGUUCUCUAAACCACGCGACGGGGACGGACCGACGCUCGCGUCUUAUACACACCCCUUCCGUCGCGCUUUGCCCCGAGCCAGACCUUCCAGAGGUGUACCCUCUCUGUCCUGAUAACUCUGCCCCGCAGAGCGACGCCCUGGCUGGGGACGAGAGGCUGGAGUCGUCACUCUCUGAUCUGACCGUGGAGACACAGGACCAAGAAAGCUCUGAGGAGAAUAAGGACAGCUUUAGUAGUGACAGGAGUGGAGGAGAGGAAGAGGAGGAGGAGGAGGAGGAGGGACAGGAGGAAGGAGACCAGACCCCUGUUUUUCUGCUGGAGACUGAGGAAGGGGGAGAGGGUGAGAACGAAGGAGGGUUUGAGAGAGGGGCUGAGACAGGACAGAGAGGGGCUGAGACAGGACAGAGAGGGGCUGAGACAGGACAGAGAGGGGCUGAGACAGUUGGUCCACAUGGACACGGCCUGCUGCAUGUCUCAGGCCGAAGGCUUCCUGUCCAACUCUUCUCCCACAGACACGCUACCUGCUUCUGGGCUGCAGCCCGGCUCUCUACCCCUCCCACCGGUGGUCAGCCAGGAGCCCCAGGCCAUGCUGUCGAUCCAGGGGGUCUACGGCCUGGGUUCCCCACACUACCAGAACCCCGGGGCUGGACUGGACCUGCCCGUCUCCUCCUUGGGAGAUGCCACCUCAAGGGGUCGGACCAGGACGGGUCGGACUGUACCACGUCAGCGUCUACGGGGUCGGAACGGGCCGGUUCACCUCCGGGGUACGGCGGGGUGGUGGUAACGCUGAGGCAGAAGAAGAGGGCUGGACAGGAAGCCCUCAGGUUUGUGCGUCAGUAUCCGUUUGCCUUGCAUGCCCUGUGGUCCCUACUGAGUGGUCGGACCCUGGUGGUCCUGGGAUCCGAGGAGGGGAGGGUCAGGAGGCUGGUGUCCGCUCUAGCCCUCUACGUGCCUGGACCCGGGCGCUGUGGGGAGAGGGUCCAGCCUUGGCUCUCCUGCCCCUUCAGCCUCACUGACCUACAGAGAUGGAAACUCAUAGGACUGCAGAGGGUGGCUUCUCCCGUGGGGACCAGCAUGCUCUGCUCUCUGUCUCGCUACAGCCGUUACAUCUCCGUCCUGGACGCCGACCGGAAGACCCUCCGUUGCCCCGGCUACCGCGGAACCCUCCUGUCCAACAUGGCGGACCGCCGUACCCGGCUCCGGCGAGGAUCCACCUACUUCUUACAUCUCCAGAACGUGCUCAGUCGACUGGCCGCCCGGGCUUUCCACCUUAGCUUUACACAUCACCUCCAUCUUCCCAUCAGCCACCGCCGGGAGCAGAGACAGGAAGUAGAGGAGAGGACGCGGGGCUUCCUGAGGGAUCAGCUCGGGCUCGGCGAAGACGACUGUUCCGUCCUGAUGUACCUGAGUCAGCUGAUCACCCGGCACUACCUGGAGACGGACAACAUACUGAGACCCGACCACUGGGGUGCUGUAACCCCAGAGACGGGCCUAGACCCGACCACUGGGGUGCUAGACGGGCCUAGACCCGACCACUGGGGGCGCUGUAACCCCAGAGACGGGCCUAGACCCGACCACUGGGGGCGCUAUAACCCCAGAGACGGGCCUAGACCCGACCACUGGGGGUGCUGUAACCCCAGAGACGGGCCUAGACCCGACCACUGGGGCGCUGUAACCCCAGAGACGGGCCUAGACCCGACCACUGGGGGCGCUGUAACCCCAGAGCAGAACCUAGACCCGACCACUGGGGGUGCUGUAACCCCAGAGACGGGCCUAGACCCGACCACUGGGGGUGCUGUAACCCCAGAGACGGGCCUAGACCCGACCACUGGGGGCGCUGUAACCCCAGAGCAGAACCUAGACCCGACCACUGGGGGUGCUGCCAGGAAGAGAGCUCCACCCAGCUUCACUUUUAACUACACCACUAGUCUCCUAUACAAGAUCUGA